AUGGCAUCGACAGAUGCAACGCCGGCGCUUUCCCAGGGCGUGGCCAACGGCCUGGUCAUUGGCUUUGGCAUCGCCUUCGCGCUGAUCAUGAACUUGAUCACCUGGAUAUCACGGAAGUAUCUCAAUGAAUCCAAGGACACGAACAUGCUCAUGACAGCCAAAAAGAGCGUCAAGACCGGCUUGGUCGCCGCCGCUGUCGUGUCGUCAUGGUGCUAUGCGGCCACGCUCCUGAACUCGAGACGAGCACCCCGCGCCAACACCAUCCUUGAGGCUCUGCGCAUUCGCUUCGGAACCAAUACGCACCUCGUCUACUUUACAUACGGCGUGUCGGUGCAAAUUAUUAUCACAGCGGCGUUGUUGCUCGGCGGCUCGGCGGCCUUCACAGUGACUACCGGGGCGAACAUUGAUGGCUCAUAUCUAACCAUGCAAUCUGGUCAGGCACUUCUACUCGCCGGAGUCAUCUUGGUCUCAAGCUUUGGAUGUGUGUUUGUCGACCCCAGCUACGGUCAGAAGGCCAUCGCCGGCGAGCCUAACGCCGUCGUGCGCGGUUACUUUUACGGAGCUUUCGCGUGGUUCGCGAUCCCUCUCGGGCUUUGCGCCACUUUGAGUUACGUGGCCAUCGCACUCUCAAACACCGAGUACUGGCCGGUGGCCGGCGGCGUGACGAUGUAUCAGAUCAACAACGCCUUGAUUCUUCCUCUCGCUGCCGAGGCCGUCAUGGGUAAGGGCGGCGCAGCUCCGGUCAUCGUCAUGGUCUUCAUGGCCGUCACAUCGUCUUUUAGUGCCGAAAUCAUUGCCCACGCCUCUAUCGUCACGUUUGACAUCUACCAGCCCUACAUCAACCCCAAGGCUGACGACAAGCGGUUGAGACUCGUCUCACACGCGUCUCUUACAUUCUUUGCCAUCUUCUCAGCGUCAUUCGCUACGGCGCUCAACUACAGCGGUAUUUCUAUGGGAUGGAUACUGGAGUUCUCCGGAGUCAUUCUCGGGUCGGCGGUCGUCCCCAUCACGCUGGGUGUCAAUUCAGCUUACGUCUCUCCAUUGUAUAUGACCUGGGCUGCCCCAAUUGGCACAGUGUGCGCGGUCUGCGCGUGGAUCGGCACCGCCAAGGGUAUGUUCGGGGAGGUUACAGUAGACACGCUGUACGACAAUUGGCCAAUGUUCACAGGCUGCACCGUCGCGUUGCUGUUGCCUCUUCUGAUCUGGGCAAUCAUGUUUGUCUUUCCAGACCAGAGGAAGCCAUAUGACUGGGAUCGUCUCUUUCUCAUGCAGGCGCGGGAGCCUCGACAAGGCGACAAGGAGUACACCAUGGAUGACCUCACUGACAUUGGCGAUGAUUGGGAUCCUAAGGCGCUGGCGAAGGCUAGCCGCGAUGCCAAGAUCAUCUCCAUAAUCAUGGUUCUCAUCUUCCUCAUCAUCAUACCAUUUUCGCUCUACGGAACAGGAUACAAGUUCAGCCGAAAAUUCUUCACUGGCUGGACGGUCCUUGUGUUUAUCUGGUCCUGGGUUGCCGCCCUCCUCAUCUGGUUCUUGCCGAUCUGGCAGGCAAGACAUACAUGGAUGGCCGUUGUGAAGGGGCUGGCUGGCAAAUCCGAGAAACGCGCGAUAUCAACACCGGACAGCAGGAAUGAAGCCUCACAGACGGAUCGCGUGUCGACGGGUGAGAAACAGCCAGUAGCAUGA